AGUGUUUUGACAGGGCAAACAGCAGAGAAAGAACUGGGCGAGCGAGGGGGACCGGGAGCUGGGGCGCCAGAGCUAGACAGCGGGUGGGCGAGGAGCUGGCAGAGGCGCGGGGCAAGCGGGCCGGCCGGGGCGACGGGCAGGCGAAGCCCGGGGGCCGCGGGGCUCGGGUGCGAGUCGGGCAGGGCGAGGGGCUGAGCGCCGGGAGCAGAGCGAGGCGGCGGCUGAGGCGGGGGUGGAUGGCCACAGGGGCGCCGGGGAGCCGCGUCGGGCUUGUAGAGUCGGGUCCCCAUGGUCCCCUAACGCAGCCCCGGGGGCCGCUGCGCGCCACACUCCGCUCUCGCCGGCCCUGCGCCUCUCAGAGCCUCGCGUCUGAGGUGGGAGUGUGAUGUGAGCCGCUGGGCGAGCGGCGGAGAGAAGUGCCAAGAGGAGGAGGGAUUGGGACGGGAGAGGAGAGCGAGUUAGUCAGCAGAGGUCGGCCGAGGGAGCCAUGAAAACAACUCUCCGGCGGGGAGAGGGGCUAGCGCGGCGCUCCGGGCGGCGAGGCUGAAGGAAAUCCGGGGCCGCGGCGGGACGGAAGGGGCCCGCACGGGCAGGCUGCGCCGAGCAGGGGCGAGCGCCCGGCUGUGAACACCUUCCCGGGACGACCUCAGGCCCGGCCACGCAGGGCUGGGGGGUGGCAGAGGCGACCCGGGACAGCCCAGUAGAGUUCGUUUGGGGCAGGAGGCUGGGCGCGAGGAGAUGACUCGCGUUUCUUCCUGACCCUCUCAUUGUGUAAACUUGGCCGCGGUUGCGGCAGGAAGACUAGCCAGAGGGUAAUUACACAGGUGAGGCCGGGCAGGGCGGGCGGAGCUCUCGGCGAGGCGCUAGGGGUCUUGAAGAGUUUCCUGCGCCCAGUCGGCAGGUCGAAGCAUUUCUAUACCAGUCACUGCGGAGGUGCCCCUGUUCCCAGCGGCGUGUUUUACAAAGGGCAUUUUGAAAAAGGAGCAGUAGCUACAAAAUCAGCGGCGAGCCUGUUGAGAGAACCCACACGUGUAUUUCACAGCACCUUGGGUGGAAAUUGGUGUGAAAAUGAAGCCGGACCGAGAUACUCUAGAUGAAUAUUUUGAAUACGAUGCAGAGGAGUUCCUGGUCUCUUUGGCCUUGUUAAUAACAGAAGGACGAACACCUGAAUGUUCUGUAAAAGGUCGGACAGAAAGUUUCCAUUGCCCUCCAGCACAGUCCUGUUACCCAGUAACUACCAAACAUGAAUGUAGUGACAAGCUGGCCCAGUGUCGCCAAGCCAGACGAACCAGGUCUGAGGUUGCGUUGCUGUGGAAGAACAGCCUUCCGAUCAUGGUGGAAGUGAUGCUGCUACCAGACUGCUGCUACAGCGACGACGGGCCCACCACAGAAGGAAUUGAUCUAAAUGAUCCCGCAAUUAAGCAAGAUGCAUUACUGUUAGAAAGAUGGAUAUUGGAGCCAGUUCCUCGACAGAGUGGCGAUCGAUUUGUUGAAGAGAAGACUCUUCUAUUGGCUGUCCGCUCAUUUGUGUUUUUUUCUCAAUUAAGUGCUUGGCUGAGUGUUUCUCAUGGUGCUAUUCCACGAAAUAUUCUUUACAGAAUCAGUGCUGCUGAUGUAGACCUACAGUGGAACUUUUCACAGACUCCAACUGAACAUGUGUUUCCUGUUCCCAAUGUUUCUCACAAUGUGGCCUUGAAAGUCAGCGUUCAGUCCUUGCCCAGACAAUCUAAUUACCCAGUUUUGACCUGUAGUAUUCACACUAAUAUUGGCCUUUAUGAGAAAAGGAUUCAAGAGCAUGAAUUUAAAACCCAUCAGCACCGAAGUUCUACUGAAGCAGAACAAUGUAGUACAAACAGUUCACAGCGUCUGUGUAGCAAACAAACUUGGAUGAUGGCACCCGAAAGCAUAUUAUUACAUGCAAAAAAUGGCACAACUCCAGAAUAUACAGCAGCUGUCAAAAAUGUCAAACUAUAUCCAGGCACUGGGAGUAAAUCUGACUGUGGAACAUCUCAAGGCAAUAUUCUGGGCGUUAGUGGUAUAGGAGAUAAAAAAUCACAUGAAACAUCAGUGAGAACUGUAAAAUCAUUUUCAGUGAUUGACUCCAGUGUCUCUAGAUGCCAGAAUUCUUGGCAGUCAGUUGGUGAGACUAAUCCUUUAAUAGGGUCUUUAAUUCAGGAACGACAAGAAGUUAUUGCAAGAAUUGCUCAGCAUUUGAUUCAUUGUGAUCCAGGCACUUCACAUGUUUCUGGACACCCACUUAAUACACAAGAAUCUAGUUCACUUAAUUCAAAACUUCUCCGAGUUUCACAAGAAAAUGAAAACGUGAGAAAAUGUAAAGAAACUUUCUCCAUUUCUUUUGGUAUUCCAGAGCUCACCUCCUCAGAAAACACCAAUGAGGGGAAAAUUCGAGUAAAACCAGAAACCCCUCGGAGUGACGCUUGCAUCUCUAAUGGUCUUCAUUCUCGUCAGUCUGUUGGUGAGACUAAUCCUUUGAUAAGCUCUUUACUCCAGGAGCGGCAAGAUGUUAUUGCAAGGAUUGCUCAACACUUGGAGCAUAUCGACCCAACGGCAUCUCACAUACCCCGGCAGUCAUUCAACACGCAGGGCUCCAGUUCACUUCCUUCUAAAGUGUUCAGGAGUUCCUACGAAGACAAAAAUCUGUUGAAGAAAAACAAGGAUGAUGCUUCUAUUUCCAUUUCUAACACAAAGUUUUCCUUGCUAGAUGACAUCAGUGAAGGGAAAAACUUAAUACCUAACAAAUAUUUUAGUUCUUUAAAAUGCUGUAGUAAAGUCCAGCCUUCUUUGAAACCUCAAACAAGAAGAAAUCUGUAUCAGGACAAUCCUCGUGAAAUCCAAAGUACAUUUCAAGAGACACAGAACAAAGCCACUGGUCUAAUGACUCCCUCAAAUAUGUCUCAUUGCAAAGAAAAUAACUUAGAUUUGAAAAUCAGAUUGGAAAACACACUUUCUGAGUGUCAGUUUAAGGAGCAAGAAAUUAAUGAAGUUGAUAAACAGUAUUCAAGUUGCAACAGUACUGACAAACAGAUUUGCCCAAAUAGGUAUAAGGACAAAAUAAUAAUAAAUGGAAAUUAUAAUUCAGAAUCUUUAAACAAUCACCAAUUUGAUCAUUCAAAAAUAAAUGACUCAAAAAUAAAAGUUACUGUGUUGGAAAUGUCUGGAUAUUUGAACAAACACGAAAAUGCGUGCUCAGAUAAAGUAUCAAAAAGGCCCAAGCCAUGUGAGCAAAAUACUCAACUUAAUAGUAUAGAAAAUUAUUUCAAUAAAGACAACGAAGGUUUCAAAUGCAAAAAGCCAGAUCAAUUAAAAAAUGAACAGGAUAAGAAAGAAGAUCCAAUUGAUGAAAAAUCUCAAAACUGUUCUCAGAGAAAGAAUGUAAAAGACUGUUUGUCUACGUGUGAACGACUGAAAAAUACAGAGGUAUUGCAGAGGACUACACCACUUAAACAUUCAAAUGUCUGGAGGAAACAUAAUUUUCAUUCCUUGGAUGGAACCUCAACCAGAGCUUUUCAUCCUCGAACUGGAUUGCCUCUUCUUUCAAGUCCUGUUCCUCAAAGAAAGACACAAUCAGGUUGCUUUGACCUGGAUUCUUCAUUACUGCAUCUGAAAAGCUUAUCAUCUAGAAGUCCUCGACCAUGUUUAAACAUUGAAGAUGAUCCGGAUAUUCAUGAAAAACCAUUUCUGAGUUCUAGUGCUCCACCUGUAACGAGUCUUAGUCUCUUAGGAAAUUUUGAGGAAUCUGUCUUGAACUAUCGGUUAGAUCCUCUUGGCAUUGUCGAUGGUUUUACUGCCGAGGUCGGGGCAAGUGGUGUUUUCUGCCCCACUCAUUUAACUCUUCCAGUUGAAGUGUCAUUCUACAGUGUUUCCGAUGAUAAUGCUCCUUCUCCUUAUAUGGGUGUGAUUACUUUAGAGUCCCUUGGUAAAAGGGGUUAUCGAGUACCUCCUUCAGGAACAAUACAAGUGACCUUAUUUAAUCCUAAUAAGACUGUGGUGAAGAUGUUUGUUGUGAUAUAUGACUUACGAGAUAUGCCAGCCAAUCAUCAGACAUUCCUACGACAAAGAACUUUUUCUGUACCUGUUAAACAAGAAAUGAAGAGAAGUGUUAAUAAAGAGAACAUCCGACAUACAGAAGAACGGUUAUUACGCUACCUCAUACAUCUGAGGUUCCAGAGUUCUAAAUCUGGAAAGAUCUACCUCCACAGAGAUGUACGGCUACUGUUCUCUAGAAAGUCAAUGGAAGUUGAUAGCGGUGCUGCAUAUGAACUCAAAUCCUACACUGAAUCGCCAACAAACCCUCAGUUUUCACCGAGAUGUUGAUAAGGAGUGACAGUUUAAAGUAUUUGCUCAGUACCCAAGGUUGAAAGCAAAAAUUAGCGUAGAAGGGAGUGUACCAAAAUAACCAGCAGGAGAGUGAAUCCUCUCCUGUUAUCCUGGACCAGUUUUUAUUCAAGGAUUCCUGGAAUGAGAUCCACAUAUUCCAAGUAGACUGGAAAUACUCAUAUCCUAAUCCUUUUUGUACUGUUGAAACCACUUCAUUGGACAUGUUGCAAUAGCAACCCCUCCACCCCCACAGUUAGAUUAGUGUUUACACGUUUUAUUUUUCAGUUAUUUAAUAUUUAAUGUUUUCCCUAAUACUCAAGUGAUGUUUGUCUCUAGUGUUCUAACGUAGCACAAAUCCUAUGUAAAAUCAUACUAUGUAUUUUUGACAUUAAUGUUGAAAUCUGAAAUACAUGCACAAGUCUUUUAAUUUUGUGUGAUGUGUUUUAAGUACUAUUCCUUUAAGUUAUUGAAAAUGAGAAUGAAAUGUUGAGCUUCUUUAAGAUUAACGCACUAUGCAAGCAUGUGUACUUUUUAUAUCUCCCGGGUUUAGUUUUUACAGCCCACGUCCAGGUUGCUGUCUCACGUGGUAGUCCCCUAACAGGCUGUCCUGGCGGUGCAGGCGGACCCAGCUGCUUCACACUUCCCUUGCAGGUUCAGAUCAUCAUGCCCAUUCAUAGUCCUUCUAGAAUCCCUUAUCCCAGAAACAGUUCUAUUUUUUCCUUAAUCACUACUACAGAGGCUUUACAUUAAAUUGCUGUCCCGUGCUAGAUAACUUUUGCAAAUUGUUAAAAAGAAUAUGUACUUUGGAAACAAAUUAGUAUUUAUAUUGUAAAUAUAUGCAAAAAACAAAGAAA